AUGCCGCGUGCACCGCUGGAGGAGCCAACCAGUUUAGAGCCCGAUGAACCAAAAAUGGAGGGUGUGAGAGCGGUUUUUGCAUGGAUUUGGUCAUGCAUGACGUGGCUCUUCUGGGUUUGUAUCUUUUUCCUGGACAUUGCCAUUGUCAUUGGGAUGCAGAUCUUUCUGGAAUCCAUCGGUCAAAGGCGAACAGGUCGUGAGAUCAUGUCCAGGAAGGCCAUGGCCAAUGCGCUGGCCAAACAGGCCACGAGUGGCACUCCCAAGGGAGCACCAAUUCCUGAGCCAAAUGCUGCUGGGAGCACACAACGUUUGGCGGUUCUCUUGCAGGAGGAAGUCUUGGCGGCUGUGCUGACAGAGCACUGGGUAAAGAUCAUCAUAGGUCUGGGUUUGGCAGUUGCCUUCCGGCUUCCUCAGUGCUUCUUGAGUGAAGAUGGUAUUGUCUUUCACAUGCUCUUU